UAGCUUUUUAUUCUUCUAAUUUUAAUAUUUGCUCAAACUUUUGAAAAUAAAAUUUACAAAGAAAAUUCGACAACAGAGAACAUAUUUACACAAAUAUAGUUGUCUACUGAUUUGUUUCUAAGUAUUUUCAAAACUUAGGUUUUAUUUUCAAUAAGGCAAUCUCGGUUAAGUGUUUGCGUCUCUUUUGUUGUGUCUAAGAUAAUGAAUCCACUACUUCCUCCACCGUCGCUGAUGAUUAAGUCUCAGAUUAUGAGUCAGAGUCUGUUAUUAGGUCAAUCUCAUGGCUUGAAUUAUUGGAGUAUGGCUAUGAACAAGCAACAACAAGUGAUAAACAUGGCUCAAUCUCAAUCCCAAUCUCAGGCUAUGGUGAACAAUCAGCCUCUAACGGUGAAUCGCCCAAACUUUAGCGUUAACCCUAACUCGGUAAACCCUAAUAACUACUAUGGUCAUAAUUGGAAUGGUAUUACUAUGUUUCCAGGUGGUAACAACAGAGUGUACAACGUCCAGAAGCGGAGAGAUGGUUCGUGUUCAGCUUGUUACAAACCUCCGGCUUUGAAUAUGCUUCAGUCUAAAAACAGAAAGUUUUACCUGAAGAACAAAUAUGGUAAUCGAUAUGCUCCUUAUGCUCCACGGAACACAAGCUCUUUUAUUAUCCGGGCAAAGAAAUCUGGUGGCAUUGCUAAUUCAGUGUCUCCAUGCCUUGUAACACCAUCUGUGUUGCCUUCCCCGAUGUUAUCUCCAUCAGUAGAGGUUUUGGGCAAUAUGGUAAAGGAGGAAUGGGGAGUUGAUGUGUAUGGAUCUAUGGAGGGGUUGGUUAGGCUGAGAUCUGAUGGUAUUCAUGAAUUGGAACCGUUUGAUGAAGACGAAGGAGGAUUGUGUAAGAGUGAUGGGGAGGAGCAUGUAGAGACUGAGAAGAGAUUAGACAAUGACUUGAGCCAAUUAGAGAUAAAGUGUCCGAAUGAUGGUGGUAGGUUUGAUUACAACAAUGACUUAGAAAACAGAGUUGGUGAUAAGAAUAGGCAUAUUGCUCAACUAGAGGAAGAGAACUUAACUGUGAAGGAGAGGUUAUUCUUGAUGGAAAGGGAGUUUGGUGAUCUUAAGAGAAGGUUAGAUUCUCUCGAGAGGCGGGAUAUGGUUGUUGGUGAAGAUGGUAAUGGAGAGGUUGAAGAGAAUGAGUCUGGAAGGGAUAGUGGAACACAUGGCUCCGGUGCGGCUACUUGUGGUGAGGCAAGGGAGAACCGUUUGGCUGCAGAAGAUGUUUGUAUGCAGGAUAUGGUGAGGAACGAGGCUGCGGGGAAUGAAAUUAACAACGCUAACGAAGGCAAGUUAGAUGAAGCAAAAGAGAACAAUCAUACACACAGGCAAGAAAUUAAGGAUGAAGUCAAAAAGGAAUAUGCAAGGAUAACAUCGAUAACAGGCAAUCCGGAUGUGGUUGGAAACUAGGGCAUGCGUAUAUGAUAUUUUCUUUGCAGUGCAGACAGACAUGAUUAUGUUUUCGUCCUAAGAUUUAGAUUCAAACCUUUUUUCAACUCUUUAGAUUUUAAGUUUUUUUUUUUAACAUUGAUCAAGUUUUUCUUUUACUUUUUUUUUCUUUAUCUGGAUUUUGCAAACUGUAACUGGAAUCAAAAUUUGGCCCAUUUAUGUUUUUAGGUUUAACCCUGCUUGUUGUAAUUAACUAAAGACCCAAUUUGAAAUUUAAAAAUUGCAAUAUUAAAC